AUGUCGAACUUCUCCAAUAGUCCGCGCAUUCAGAUCUGCCUCCGUCCAAUCAACAACCAGUUGAUAGAAUCAUGUCCCCCGUAUGGCUGUAGAGAGGAAGUGAAUCAGAUAAAGGCUUAUUAUUCUCAGUAUUUCCUCAGGGAUCUGGGAACCGGCUUCUCCCUCCUGCAGGUCUUAUGUCUGGCUCGAUGUGGUCUGACUGACCUGGAGGGGAUUUCUGCUCUUUCCUCCUUAAAGGAGCUGUAUGCGGCGUUCAACAGCGUCUCAGACCUGAGUCCAGUCAGUUUGCUGGAGGAUCUGGAGCUGCUGGAUCUGGAGGAGAACGAGGUUGAAGAUCAGGCUCAGUUGUGGUAUUUGGGCCGUUGUGUGAAGCUCAGGACACUUUCACUGGAAGGAAACCCUGUGUGCACCUGCCCCGCUCCAGGAGCCUCUGAGGUCUCGGGCUACAGCUACAGGUCUGCGGUGCGUGAGCUGAUCCCUCAGCUGAUCUUCCUCGAUGACGCUCCUGUUGAAGAGGACAAACCUCAACGCUGCAGAGCUUCACUGCAGGACUGGACUCUUCUCAGAGAAUCCAUCAGAGACGCUUCAGUCAGUGACGGCCUGGAGCUCACAGAUGCAGACACAGGUAAAGACAAACAGCAGCUUCUGGAGACUGUCUCAGCAGCACUCCAUGUGUUUAAGAGCGGCGUCAGACCUGCUUCAGCUCGGCCUGGAGAUCUGAGAAGCCGUCCAGACAGCGCCAGACCUCUCACUCCCUGCAGCGGAUCAAGACCAGGAUCGACCGGCUCCAACAUCACCGUCCUGAACCACGAGGCCAGCGAUCUGACCAACGGUGUUGGCCGAGUUCUCUGUGGGAAUCCACUACAGGCUGCUCGAGCUCGAAGACAGAAAAUAAAGCUCCAAAACUCUAGCUCUCAAACUCGUCCCAGCACACGGAUCAGUAGCUUCGUUCCUGAACACACGUUUGAGCAUGAAGAGUGGAGCAGCCGGGAUCACAGGGAUGUUUUUACUGAACUCAGAAGCUGGAGGAUUGAGCACAACAAGUACUGA